UAGUAAAGAGAAAGAAAGGACAAUUAGAGCAGAUUUUUUUGUAUUUAUUACUGCUACCAUUUUGGUUAAUUUUUUGAAAAAAAUAAGCUGCCUCUGGUUUUGUUCUGGUGUGGAGUGACCUUGAAGAUUUGGCCUUUGAGUUUUAAUUGAAGAAGGCACCUCAUAAUGGCUAAUCAAGUAUCGAAUGGAAGCAACCAUGUGUCCACCAAGCCACCUCCCGAGCCUUCGCCUUUGAGAAAAGCCAAAUUUUUCCAGGCAAACAUGAGAAUUUUGGUUACGGGUGGAGCUGGAUUCAUUGGCUCUCACUUGGUCGACAAGCUGAUGCAGAAUGAGAAAAACGAAGUAAUUGUUGUGGACAACUACUUCACUGGAUCGAAGGACAACCUAAAACAAUGGAUUGGCCAUCCGCGAUUUGAGCUUAUUCGACAUGAUGUCACGGAGCCUUUACUAGUUGAAGUUGAUCAGAUUUACCAUCUCGCCUGCCCAGCUUCCCCGAUUUUCUACAAAUACAACCCUGUCAAGACGAUAAAGACUAAUGUGAUUGGAACACUAAACAUGCUGGGGCUGGCCAAGCGUGUGGGAGCAAGAAUUUUAUUGACCUCAACAUCAGAGGUUUAUGGCGAUCCCUUGGUGCACCCUCAGACCGAAGACUAUUGGGGCAACGUGAACCCUAUAGGUGUUAGAAGUUGUUAUGAUGAGGGGAAAAGAGUAGCAGAAACUCUGAUGUUUGAUUAUCACAGACAGCAUGGGAUUGAGAUAAGGAUUGCAAGGAUCUUCAACACUUACGGACCCCGAAUGAACAUUGAUGAUGGCCGCGUUGUGAGCAAUUUCAUAGCUCAAGCAAUACGUGAUGAACCUUUGACAGUUCAGUUACCAGGAACUCAGACAAGAAGCUUUUGUUAUGUUUCUGAUAUGGUCGAUGGUCUUAUCAGACUGAUGGAAGGAAACAACACCGGGCCAAUCAACAUCGGCAAUCCAGGUGAAUUCACAAUGACUGAGCUCGCGGAGACAGUGAAGGAGAUGAUCAAUCCAAACGUGAAGAUCAUAACCGUUGACAACACUCCAGAUGAUCCUCGCCAGAGGAAGCCUAACAUCACGAAGGCCAAUGAGCUGUUGGGCUGGGAGCCGAAGAUCAAGUUGCGCGAUGGUAUCCCUCUUAUGGAAGAAGAUUUCCGCAAGAGGCUUGAAAUUCCGAGGAAGAAGUGAUGAAUGGAAAACCCUGUGAGAGACGUUUAUAUACGGCUUCCAUGCCUCCGUUUUCAGUUGAAUCUCUGUUUUGUUUGAUUUGGUUUGCUCAAAAUGUUGAUUUUUUGAGGUGCUUAGCUAUUGAUACUCUUUACUGCUACAAAUAACAUAAUGUGACAUCACAUAUUGUUGCAUCAAAACAUUUUCAAUGAAAUAUUUUCUGUUCAA